UUCCUGGGGAUAGUGACCAGGACAGCUGCGCACAAAUAUCGAUUGGCGCCCACCUGUCUGAUUGUACCGGCAAGCCCUUUCUCAAGAUCCUGGAAUAGACACAGUUUGUUUCGAACGAUAUUGAGUGUAAAGACGUGUGUGUUUUGUCAACUAUCGUUUGUCAUGCUGAUGUAAACUGCACGAGCGCCUGCGCAUGCUAUCGAUUUAACUUCUCGGCCUGGACCUCAUCAGCUGCGGAAGAGGAAAGUGUAACAAGAUGACGGAUAAACACAAUCAUUUGAACCGAUUUCUCUCAGUGUUUGCAAUAGUAUUAUUACUUAAAGGUGUUACAUCCGAUAUCGGUGAUGAAAGUUUCAACGGAAAUAAUUUCAAUAGACUCGAUACUGUUUCUGAGGCUCUUUAUCAUCUUUCCCAGGAUCAAUUUCCGGAAUCUUACAAUCAUGCACCAUUGCAUCCCGUUGAAAAUCGUUUGUGGCGAAGUCCUGAAAAUCUUGGCGAGAUUUCUGGAGUCGCUGUGGAUCCAUUUGGUAAUCCCGUGAUUUUUCAUCGCGGAGAUCGAACAUGGAACUACGAAACAUUUAAUGAAAACGCAGAAUAUCAAGAGAAAUACAAAGGUCCUAUUCAUAGUGACACAGUGUUAACAUUGGACUCUAAAACCGGCGAUAUUAUUCGCGGUUGGGGAAAUCAAACAUUUUAUUUACCGCAUGGAAUUCACAUCGAUAGUCUUGGAAACAUAUGGCUAACUGAUAUUGCUCUUCAUCAAGUAUUCAAGUAUUCGCCUUCCGGAGUCCUUCGAUUGAUUCUCGGUCAACGAUUCGAGCCCGGAAACGACAUGGAACAUUUCUGUCAACCAACCUCGGUCGCGGUUUUACCAAGUGGCGAAAUCGUCGUCGCUGAUGGAUAUUGUAAUAAUAGAAUAGUACUGUUCGACAAAAGAGGCAAUCCCAAGUAUAGUAUUGGCGAACGUUGGAUUUCUUUAAGAAUUCCGCACGCCCUGACGAUUUUGCCAAAUAAACAAGUGUGCAUCGCUGAUCGUGAAAAUUUAAGGAUCGUAUGCUUGGAUGUGAUAUUUUCCGAUUUUAAUCAAAAUCCCCAAUCUCCAUAUUCCAUUCGUCAUCGACAAUUUGGCCGCAUAUUCGGUAUCGCAUCAUACGGUGGCUUUAUUUAUGCUGUGAAUGGUAUGACGUCUAGAAACAUACAAAUUAAGGGCUUCACUAUUGAUCCAAUAAAUCGAAACGUAACAGAAAUUUGGGGACCGGAAUCUUCACCUUUUAAGAUGCCUCAUGCCAUCGCUGUAUGCCCGUAUAGUUCAGCACUUUAUGUAUCAGAGAUUGGACCCAAUAAAAUAUGGAAAUUCGAUCUACUACAAACUUGACUAUAAAUGUAAAAGUUAAACAAAUAAUAUAACAAAAUAUAGCGCCAAAAUCUGUCAUCUAUAA